CGAGGAAACGCAUCAUCCGCCCUUGCACAACCUGCACAACCUCCUCAUCCGCAUCCGCACCCUGUUCAUCUCUUGUUUACCACCAUCUGAGCCCGUUUGUAUACUCCUGGAGCUCUCCUGCUGCUCGUCCACAACCUGCAAUAGCAUAUCUCUACAGCACUCGCUCUCGCAUCAAUACCUCGCGCUUAGGUCGCGCUCGUCUCGUGUUUCGUCGCGUUCUACUUUGUUGUUGUCGUCGUCGAAGCUUCUGAGAAACAUCGCGAGCCAUUUCAAGCCGCCAGGGUCAUCGUCAGGACGAUAAGGACGUCCGACUUGGACAAUUAAGUCGACCGACUCGGCCUUGCGUUGGUCGUUGUUGUUGUCGCCGCCCGCCCGCCGGACACGUCCACGUCCUCGUCGACGUCCGCAAUUCCACUUUCACUCUCACCGCCGCCAUGGUGAGAGACGCCAUCACCCCUCCGCCUCCCCCAACACGCCUGCGCACUCCUCCAACUCCUCUACACGGUGCCGGCUACCACUCGUACGGUCCAUACGAGCCCAGAAGAUCCCAGAGAGUGUCGCUCUUGCACAACAAACACGACAAGACGCCGCAGUCCUCACACUCGUCCCGCAAGUCGACCUUCCACCGCUCCGACUCAUCACAAACCCUCUCGCCUCCCUCGUCACCUGCUGCCAACUAUACAACACUCCAGCAAACCCCUGCAAGACCUACGCCUGCGCGCCAAUUGCUCUUUAGUCGCAACAGGCCCACCAACACUCCCGACCUCAACUCGCGCUUUGACGUCUUUGCACCUCAGCCUCAACUCCAAACUCCCGCCUCCAUGUUGCCUACUCCCCACAAGACCCCUCGCAAGUGCGACGCCGGCGCCAUGAAGUCCACUGCACGCGUCCUCGACUUCAACCCCGUGGCCACUCAGUCGGCCCAGUCCACUCCUCGCAAGAAGACAAAGUCUCGCCUCACCCUCGAUGAGGACGAUGACGUCCACGAAGAGAUCAAUGUCUUUACCGACAUCCAGGACCGCGUUCCCACUCUUGACAAGACCGAAGACAACCCUUUCGUCGGUCCCAGAAUGACCAGAGGUCGCUCCCGCGCUCGUGCUCAGCUUGCUUCAUCUGUUGAUGUCGACAUGGAAGCUGGCCAGACUGAGGAGGACGGCAUCUUCUUCGUCUUCCGCGGCAAGAAGGUCUUCCGCCGCUUCGAGACCAGCGCUGAUGCCUUCGAUGGCUCUGACCCUGACGUUUCUACCCGCGCUAACGACAGCUUGAAGCGCCAGGCUGGCGCCGCUGCUUCGCGUCCUCUCACGCGUUCAUCCUUCAAGGCCCGUCUCCUUUGGCCCAGCGCUGACGCCCCUGCCGAUGCCGAUGAGGAGGCUCUGACCGACAUUGAUGAGGAUAGCAACCCCAUCCCCAAGUCGGCCCCCUUCGGUGAAGCUGUCCCUACCACAAAGACUCCUUCCAAGAAGCUCGUCGGUCACCCCGCUACUCCUCCCUCCUCCCACCGUCAGGCUCGUCCCGCCGGUGAGCAGAUCUCUAUCUUUGCCGACCCUCACAACGAUCUGAACCUUGCCUUGGCCUCGCCUUCCAUUGCCGCUCCCAUGCCCAAGAAGGUCACCACCGGUCCUCUGUUCGCUGGCUGGUCUCGCAGCAAGUCUGCUGAGGAGAGAGCUGCCACUGCUCGUGGUGAGAAGCGCCGCCUCUCCGGCGCCGCUGAGCCAGAGGUGCCCGCUAAGCGCUCUCGUUCGGCCCUUUUCUCGUCUGAUCGCCGUUGAUCGCUUCUUCGACACAACUUCACUUAUUCACCCCAUCACAUUUUCUGCCCUUCACCAUCGAAUUGUUUUCUGCACAGCAUGACGGGCAAAAUAGGAGUUUACAGGUUUGAUCCAGGGAGGCUUGAUGUUCUUUGACAUCAGAUACCCCUACACGAUCCGGGGCGUUUAUGAGAUUCACGCAUGGCAUGUUCUGUUCUGCACUUUGCACCCUUCUGCAUGACACCUUGUUCAUCGAAGCGGAGGCUGUUUCCUUUCACCACUGUCAUGUUUCAUCUGCUUUUUCACUGAUAUCCCCGGCGUUCCCCCUUGUGCCCAUCGAGGGGCUAGAUAGUACCAAAGACCGAUCCUGUAUUAUACCCAGCCGAGAAGGCUUACAGCGAUCUUGCGUCAUGAAAUGAAAUACCACAUCUGCGUUUACCCAGCACAUCAGC